UUAACACACCCACACAGAAUCACUCAGAGCUCAGCUCAUCUCUGCAGAGAGAGAGAGAGAGAGAGAGAGAGAGAGAGAGUUGGGGUUCAAGGUGUGGGGGAUGGAAACUGAGAAUAUAAUAGCACCGUUCGUUUUGAAGACUUACCAAAUGGUCAAUGAUCUGACGACGGACAGUCUCAUCAGUUGGGGCAGAGGCAACAAUAGCUUCAUCGUCAUCGACCUAUUAGAUUUCUCUCAGAGUCUCUUACCAGCUUACUUCAAGCACAACAAUUUCUCAAGCUUUGUUCGUCAGCUUAACACCUAUGGUUUUAGGAAGGUUGAUCCGGAUAGGUGGGAGUUUGCAUGUGAAUGGUUUCUUCGAGGCCAGACCCAUUUACUGAAGAAUAUUGUGAGGAGGAAACAGAGUAAGAACAAUCAUACAAUGCAAAACAAGCUUGAAGAUUAUGAAGAUGAGGGUAUGGUGAUGGAGAUAGAGAGGUUAAAGCAAGAACAGAAGGCUUUGGAACAAGAACUUGAAGGCAUGAACAAAAGGCUUGAGGCAACAGAGAGAAGACCCAAACAAGUGAUGGCUUUUUUGAGUAAAGUUGCAAAAGACCCAGAAAUUUUACCAAGAAUGAUGUUUCAGAAAGAGAGAACCAGAAGGUUUGGUGAGAAAAAGGGACGUUUGAAUUUGCCGCAAAAAAGUUCAGUUAGGAGUGAAAAGGAAGAAGAAACCAAAGCCGUUAAUGGAGCAUCGCCAAUUUCAUCGCCGGAUUCUAAUUUUGAUAUGCGCAAUUACUUUCCGUCGUCAUCAUCGCCGGAGACACCGUCCACGAAGUGUUUGAGCGAAAGACAAUACCUGGGUUGGCAUGCGAUGACUCAAGAACCUCUUAAUUGGGCCACCAGUUCAAGUUCAUUGUCACCAGGUUCUCUCAGUGCAACCGAUGGUUUCGCGGCAGUGUCGACGCCGGUAGACAGUGUUGCAGGGUAUGGUAAUUUAAGUGGUGGAGUUUUAGGAAAUUUUGGUGUUGUCAUGGCUGGGAUAGAGACCAGUCCACCGCCUUAUCCAUUCUCACUACUAAGAGGUGGUUUUUAGAAUUCAAGAUUUUUCUUGAAUUCUUCCUCUCUGUACUGCUGUAUUUAUUUUUAUUUACUAUAUUGAAAAACAA